ACGGUGAAGCGCUGCAGCCAAUGAGCGCGCCGUGUGCGCCAAGUGGAGGCAGAGAAUGGUCUCUCCAGACGCACAGUGCGCUCUGAAGGGGAGGAACACACUCCGUGCUCUCCGCUGCCAAGAGCCUCCUCGCAAACCUAGAAGAAAACAAGCGCCCGUCUGGUUCUUCUGGACCGAGAGAAGAAGGAAAGUAUCCAGAUUUGAAGGAUAUGAAAUAUAUUUUUUUCGGCUUCUUUGUCAGGAGUUCCUGUUUGUGUCGUGUGCCGUCUUGGCUGCUUGUCGGCCUGUCAUGCUUCUUAUCCGUGUCUGCUGGACUCGAUGGUUUUAAACACUGAGCGUCACGUUUAUGGACCCUUCAGCUGGGAUGUAGCGGAGAACAAACCCACCUAAACCCGCUUUGUACCCGCCUUUUCAUUCAACGGGAAUAAAGUGCCAUAAAUCGACGGUGAAUUAGACUCUGUCGGGCUGGUGUUGGUUUAUGGAAACACCUCUCUGAAAGUCUACUGACUUUUUUCACAUUGAUGGUGAGUUGCUUUAUGAUGACCCCCGUCCGGAGGUCAUAGCUGACCCUUCUUAUUUCCCACCACAUCACUGCCCCUCACCCCAAUGAUGACUAUGAGCUCUAUAUCGGACACUUUAGUCCCGCCUGAUCCUUCCAAAUCGGCGUUUUUGGAGUUCGGCGGCCACAGCUACCCCGGACAUCCCGGACACCAGCAGUCCUCCCCCGGCUUGUCGCACAACCAUUACCCGGUCCACGGUCUGCACGCCGUCGGGCCCUCGCAGCAUGACGGCCCGUUCUCCUCCGGUGCUUCAUCGUACGGUCGCCCGCUGGCAUACCCGCCCUACCACAGUCCCGUGAGCGCGCACCACCCCGGGGCAUACCUGCCCUACCAGCACGGGGGUCACAGCGGCGCGCUGGGGCACACCAGACUGGAGGAUGCGGAGCAUGACAAGCCCACGGCGGUGAUCGAGAACGGGGAGGUGCGGCUCAACGGGAAGGGGAAGAAGAUCAGGAAGCCCCGGACCAUCUACUCCAGCCUGCAGCUCCAGGCACUCAACCAGCGAUUCCAGCAAACCCAGUACCUCGCCCUGCCCGAGAGGGCUGACCUGGCAGCCAAACUGGGCCUGACGCAGACCCAGGUGAAAAUUUGGUUCCAAAACAAACGAUCCAAAUACAAGAAGAUCAUGAAGAACGGGCCCUGUGGACCUGAGGGAGACCACCUCGCCCCCCCACCACCGUCUUCCUCCUCUCCAUGCUCCCUGUGGGACAUCAGCAUGGCCGCCAAAGGCGCGCCAGUGCACUCUGGAGGAUACAUGAACAAUUUUGGACACUGGUACCCCGGACACCAGCAGGACUCCAUGCCGAGGACUCAGAUGAUGUGACAGACAUGAGGACACAGCACUUCCAGGACAAAUUGUGGAUUUAUAUCAGCAAGCUGACUGGAGCUGUUUGGGACAUGGACAUUGUUUAGAGUCUGAGCCGCUCUGGAGGCAAAAAUGAUUUAACUGGCAGAAAUAAACUGUGGAGGACAGAGCUAAUCUGAGGAAGUUCAGUUUAACAAAUGUACAAUAAAGUACAGACAGCUAUCAAAAACAUGAAUGAUUUAAUACAAAAUAUUGUUUUGAAUUUACUACUUUACUUCUAGCAUUCACAAAAUAGGUCAUCAGGACAGGCGUAGAUCUGGCUACAUGUACCAAUGCACCUAUAGCAUCAUAAAUAAAUCCAGUAACACUGCAAACUAGCUGUUAGCUGAUGUUAGCUGAUGCUAAUUUCUAGUCUUGGUUAGAUGUGCAUUUUUAUGCAGCACAUAGAAAUCAACAAAAGAUUUAAUUUGCCAAGUCAUUAGCUAGAUAUGAAAAACGCUAAAUGCUCAAUUUUAAUGCCAAUGGCUCCGCUAUGAGGACUGAAUGCUCAGUUCUGAUUGAUUGCAGCACUGAGAACUGAGCAUUUGGCGCCCCACAAAGCCUAGCUAACCUUCCAAAUUCACAUUGCCAGUUAGCUAAUUAGAACUUGUGAAAUAUUUGACACAUCAAGUUGAUUUAUUUUAACUGGCAGUUAUUUCUGCCUCCAGAGUAGCUCUGCCUGCCAAGAAAUUGUUGAUAAAGCUACAACUGAAGCUACAACUCCAAGCUAAUGCUAGCUCUGCAUCUCUGAUUCUGGACAAUUCAGGGUUUUUUAUUGUAUCAGUGGGUUACAGUGGGGCAGGUACACAUGUAAAAAGAAAGGUUUCUUCAGGGGUUCUUUGUAGUUUUUCUUUAUGGAACUGUAGGGCCUACUGAUUCAAAGGACACUCUGGUUUGCUAAAAUUAAGAAAACAGAUCAGAUUAAAGAACUAGAGAAACAUUCUUUAGAUUCUGACUAUUUUGAGUAUUUUAUGAAUUCUGACAGAGUUGUGUGUAGCACUAUAGGUUCUAUGUAGCAUAUAGACCUAUAAAGAGCCAUUAUAAAACGGUUGAUUACAGCACCAACAGGGGUUCUGAUAAGGUGUAAGAACAAACAACCAUUUUAUGGUACUUUAUAAAACCUUUUUUAAGUAUAUGGGAAAUAGGCACUGAAUGGACAUGGCUACUUUAUUGUUUGAGUCUAAUUUUAGUUUUUUUUAAGCUCAUUAUAAUAAAAGAUCUAUAUUAGUUGAAUGAAAAAUAAAUGCCAGAAAUGUAUUUGAAAGACAUUUAUGUAUAAACAAAAAAAAAGUUACCAGGUCAUUUAGGACUAAUGCUCUGAUUUUAUCAUUCAUAAAAUUUAUCAGGUUGACCAGAUUAAGAUAAUUGGGCCUGUCACUCCAGCUAGUUAUUGUUUGAUUAUGUCCCCAGAAAGUGAAUAUUAAUGGGUUUGGACAUUUGGUCUUGAAUAAUGGAUUGUUAGUUUCAAGGACUUGGCCAUGCUAUAUAUCAGGGUUUAAUUAAUUGAGGUUUUACACUUCUAAUUGUGAGCAACAUUUCAUUUUUAUUUUCUUUUUAUUCACCAAUGGAUUUUAAUGAUGGUCUCUGUCAGUGUUUCAUUCCAACACUUGUUUUAUUCUGCUUCCCUCCAAACAGAUUAUGAACUUCAGUUUUUUGACACCUGAAGUUUACAUUCAUAUAUGCAGUAGAGGCCAUGAUCUGUGGAAUUUUUCAACAACCUCUUAAAAUACUGAAUUAAUAUUUUGCCAAUAAUAUAUUGUCUAUGGGUCAGGAUAGGCUUUGUUAUUUGAAAUAAAUCAAACCCAGUGAUCAUUGCCACCUUAUUUGAUUAUGUUUAUUUAAUUUACAGCCAACAGUGGAAAUAAUUUGUUUUUUCAUCUUUAGCCUUUAACAGAUAAUAUCAAAUUUAGGGAAAAAUAACAUAUUCCGUGUCAGUGUUCCUCAGUGCCCUGGAGGCAUUUUCUCUAAAGUCGUAAAUCACGUUCGUCGAGCACCCCUCAAACAUCUGGAAAAGCAAAAAGAGUCGUCAAACAUCGUCAAUGAUUUUAUAAAAUGACCACGUCAAUUAUAGGUAAUUUAGGACACAGCUUGUUAAAUAAAGCUUUCACUUUGACGCUGUAAUUAUCUGUAAUUGUCAGCCAAGGGAAUAUCCUUCUGCCUCGGGCCCUUUAGAAAGGGCUAGGAAGUAGUGGAUUACAUCAAACUGGAUUACUGGGCGCUAAUCCUUUCACAGAAAUACAUGAAUGUUAGAAACAUGCAUGGAUACAUUUCUGUAUUAUGCUGCUUGCAGUUAGGUUUUUUUUCCUGGGGUUUAAUUUUGACACUCUUGGAUAUUAUCUUACAUGCUUUCCAGUUCUUUUUCUUCAUUUUUUGAAGACAAAAAGGGAUAGAAGUUAUUUUACAUACCAUUAUUGUGUUAGAGUUAUUCAGUGGUCACAUCCCUGUUUUCAUUGGUCAGAUGGACUAAAGGACAAAAGGAAAUUCUUGGCAAA